AUGAGCAAGAAAAGUGGCAAAGCACAGCAGGCAAAGGUGGCAACAACAUACAACAUCAAUGACACAGUCCUAGGCAAAGUGCGCAGCUUUCCACUGUGGCCCGGCAUGGUUGUGGACCCAGACAAUGUUCACCCCACCGUGGCUCUCGAAUGCCCCAGCAGCAAAAAGGCCAUGUUCUACUGCAUCAGGUUCUUCCCUUUGGAGCCCCACAAAAAGUCGUCAGAGCUGUUGAAUGGGUAUUGUAUUGCUCUGGACCCUGCGACGUGGCUCGCAGAGAAAGAGGCUAUGAUCCAGGAUACAGUAGACAUGGAGGAAAAUGCUGAGAUUCAUCAGCUUGCAGAGACAGAGGAUGGAGAAGAUGAAGGGGCUGCAGGCAAGAAACAAGGGAAGAAGAGGAAACGCGACGAUGCUUCUGCAUCUGUCAAAGAAAAGAAAGAGAGGAAGAAAUCCGAUAAACCAGCGAAAGCCAAGGCAAAGAAAGACGCUGAUGCUGGAAGCACCACAAGGAAGGCCAAGGCUGCCAAUGGCAAUGGUGCCUCUAAACGUUCCAAAAAGUCCCAAGCAAUGGUUGAGUCUGAAGAUGAAGGUGAAGCUGAGGCGGAUGCGGAGGAUGAGGCUGAAGAUGAUGCAGAUGCUGGGCCUAGCACAAAGAGCUCCAAGAAGGCCGCGGCUGCGGCAGAUAAGACUGCUGCGUCGCCCCCACCAGCGAAGAAAGGAAAACGGGACCAGGAUGACGAUGCAGAUGAAGUGGAGUGGAUCAUCGGAUCGCUCUGA